UCCCGAUAAUUUUCGAGACUUCGGAGGCUGAGUUCCAACCACUUCCUGAAAACCCUAAAUUGGCGAGAAAGACGAAACCCUAGAGAUUGAAGACCUUGAUUUUUGUAUCGAUUUUGAAUCAAAGAGUGAUUUUUGGAGGAGAUUUUGAGGAGUAGAAGAGAGAUGGGAGCGGAGACGGAGGUGAUUCAUCAGAGCAUCCAGGUUCUGGAUGUGCAGUAUCGACGCACGGCGAGGGGGAUUGAUGAGAUUGUUGAUGUCCCUGCUGCCGCUGCGGCGGCUGCGACGACUUCCGUUGAAUCUCCGGCGUUCGUUGAGCUGGAUAUAAGAGCAUCAGAUGCUAUUCCUGCCAUUUCUUCGGAACCAGAACUUUUCGUACCGGCUAUUCGUUCCGGUAGCUUUGCAGACAUUGGUCCACGGAGAUACAUGGAAGAUGAACAUAUUCGUAUUGAUGAUCUUUCAGCACAUCUUGCCUCACUGCUUAGAUGCCCAACACCCAGUGCCUUUUAUGGGGUGUUUGAUGGUCAUGGAGGUCCAGAUGCAGCAGCAUACAUUAAAAGACAUGCUAUUAAGCUUUUAUUUGAAGAUGCGGACUUCCCACAAGCAUUACAAGCAGAUGAUGUCUUCUUGGGAGAGGUCGAAAACUCUGUACGGAAGUCAUACCUUCAUGCCGACCUUGCUUUGGCCGAUGAUUGCACAAUUAACAAGUCUUCCGGGACUACAGUUCUUACAGCACUGGUUUUUGGAAGGCUUCUCUUAGUCGCUAAUGCCGGGGACUGUCGGGCAGUCCUUUGUAGGAAAGGUGAAGUGGUGGAGAUGUCACAAGACCAUCGCCCGAUAUAUGAUGCAGAACGGCAUAGGGUGGAAGAAUGCGGAGGUUACAUUGAUGAUGGGUACCUCAAUGGAGUCCUCUCUGUGAGCCGAGCACUGGGAGACUGGGACUUGAAAUUGCCACAGGGCUCCACCUCACCUCUCAUCGCGGAGCCAGAGUUCAAGCAGACUAUUCUUACAGAAGACGAUGAAUUUUUAAUAAUCGGAUGUGACGGGAUCUGGGAUGUUAUGUCAAGCCAGCAAGCCGUCAGCAUCGUGAGAAGAGGCCUUCAAAGGCAUGACAACCCGGAGCGGUGUGCAAGAGAAUUGGUUAUGGAGGCAUUGCGGCGCAAUACCUUUGACAAUCUUACUGUGAUUGUGGUGUGCUUCAGUAAUGAGCAAGAUGAGUGUUCAACAAAUCAAGAAGAUGGAGCGAAGCAGCAGAAGGCAAAGGUUAAUCGCUGCAGCCUGUCUACAGAGGCUCUGUGCAGUAUAAGCAGCUGGCUGGAGAAGUGUGGUGGUGGCAAUUAAGUCUCCAGCAGGGCAUUUCUUGUACAUAAUUAAGAGGUGAUGAUGAUGAUGAUGAUGAUAAUUAUAAUGUCAAUAAACUAAUAAUAUUGAGUUGGUGUUGUUAUUGUUGUUGUCCUUAUCAUGGCUGUGUUAGUAGCAGUCUAACAAGUUUUGUAGGUGUCUCAUUGUUGUUCUAUUGUUUAUCAUCAUUAUUGUGGUAUUGAUGAUGGUGGUGGUAGGGUGGUUUGGUUGAUGUACAUAUAAUUGAGGGUGGUUGUAAUAAUGGAUUAAAAUUGAUACUUUAUUAUUUAA